UGACAAAUCUGUGGUCAUCUUCGCCUCUACGAGCAGCAGCUAUAGACACGAUGCGCCAGCGACUCGAGAGCGCGAGAAGAAGAAGAAGAAGAGAUAAUUUUACAACACGAGGAGAGCGCGCGUGAUGGUAUACAUACAGCGCAUAUACACGUAUACGGUAUCGCGCGCACGUUUUAACCGGCGAAGUACCGCUAAUCCGGUGCACGCAUACCAACGGACAAGUUGCCCACACACGACGAAAGCAGACGGAGAAGAGGAACGCGAUUUAUUUUGGACCCGUUGAUCGGACGUCCACGCUGCUAAUGAACGCUCCUGAAAUUCGGCUCCGAAAGGAUUCUAAAAUUAGCGCGGCUACGCUCCGAGUUGUAUUCACCCGAGACAUUUUCCCCACUGUGCUGUACACGCAGCAUCGAGCAGGAACAGCCUCUCCGCAGUAAGUUGCGCUCAUUAGCUCCGUUUUGCUUUUCUCCUCUUCACUCGCACCUUCUCGAAAGCGUAGGCUUGCACGCAGGUGGACAAGAGAAAAGAAGAGAAGAGAAAAGAAGAUUUCCGAGUCUGCCUCUCCCUCUCCCUCUCUUCUCGCUCGUGUGUACACACAGUCGAAUGGUGGUCGUCGCAGAAAAAGAGGAAAAAGGGAGAGGAGUAAAGCUGGAAAACGAAGAUCCGUGGCUCGGAUAAGCUCGGCGAAGAAAAGAAGGGAAAGGAGAGGCGCGCGCGUAUAGAAAGAGAAGAGGGGAAAACGGCGAAGGAAGCUGUGAGCAUAGCGGCAGCAGCAGAGGGAGAGAGAGAGAGAGAGAGCUGUUGCCGAUAAUUCCUCCAAGAGAAAAGAGGAGAGGCUUACAUAUACAUUCACGAGUGUAGGAAGAGAAAGAGCAGAGAAAGAGGGAGGGCAGAGCGUGCCGGUGUGAACACCUCCCACCCCGGCUCUCACCUUGAGCCGCCGCUGCCGCACACCCUGACCCACAACUUGGGGGACCGCUCGUCCGGCCGCCGUGGGGGACCUGAGUUACCUACCUGCGCCCGCCAGCUCGUCAGUAAGGCGAUGAGGCCGAAGCGCGCGCGCGAUUAGGGUUGCCGAGAAGAACUCUCGCAACUUGCACAUCCGUCACACACGAUUCGAUCUACGGUCCACCCGCUUCUUUUUCUACUUCAUCGCCGUCGUCGUCGUCGUCGUCGUCUUCGUUUCUGUCCACGCACAACGGAAACCGAAGCGCGAAGAGGAAGUGUCACAGGCAACUCGCCCGAGUCCCUCGUCUCCUCCUGCCGAGGAAGAUUUUCGCCGGAGGACCAAGAGCUGUAAACAAGUUCGCCAACCAUGCAGCGAGGAGGGCUGCUACUGCUGAGCCUGCUCCUGCUGCUCGGCGACUUUGCCGUCGGCCAGGACGACGACUCGCUCGCAGGCAGCUUUCUAUCGGGUCUUCUGGAUUCGAUAACGAGCACGGCGAACACCGAGGACUGUCCAGGAGUCUGCGUUCACACGUUCGCCUCGUUCAUCUGCUACGAAGUCCUCGAGGACAUACAAUGUCCGCAGUCGAGUAUGCACUGCUGCAUCGACUCGCCCCUCAACGGCACCUCGUCCAGCGCCAGUUCUAACGAGAUCGCCAGCGAUUACGAGACCAACUCCAGCAGCAGCAGCAGUAGCAAACCAGCGGAGCACAACAAAGAGGCACAGCCGCAUCAGACGACGCCGCAGCCCAGUACCAUAAUUACUAGCGUCGUUAGUUCGGUGCCGAGUACUACCCAACGACCCACCACCACUACCACCCAGGCGACCACGACGACUGUUAGCGCUAAACCUUCGACGGAAGAGAAGAAGGCCGAAGCAGACAAAUCAGCUCCUAAAAACUGCACUAGCUAUUCUGGCAUCUGCAUGGCUGAGCGCAUCGCGGCCUACUGCGACGGCUGGCUGAACAUCGACAGCCUCUGCAAGCCGAGCUACCGCUGCUGCGUUUCCCGGGACCACUUCGGCGAUUCUCCACCACCCGAACUACUCGUCAUCGACCGCACCAAGUCGAACCUGACUCGCGUCGAGGAGACGAGCACCGCCGCGCAUCCGUCCACCUCAUCGUCCACCAGCGUGACGAUGCUCAGCGCUAGACCGGUCUCGACGAGCAGCUCGACUUCGCUCGCGACGACGACGUCCACGACCCCGAGGCCCAGGAUAACAACGACCGAGGCUCCUAGGCAACCUUGCAAGGGCGAAUGCGGCAAUGCAAUCUUUACCCUCAUCUCCUGCGAGAAAGUGGACCCUUAUGCGCACUGCGAUGAAGGAUACUGCUGCGUCAAAGAGCCGGUCAACAAGCAGGAACCAACUACGACAUUACGGCCCACGACGAAAGCACCUGCCAAAUUGCCGCCUUGUCCAGGUUUCUGUAUGAUGAACAUAAUGUCGGCCUUUUGCGAGAAGCCGAACACCCCGAUUCUCCGGACGUCGACCUGCACGGGAUUGCAGUUCUGCUGCGACAAUAGUAAAAAUCCACCGCCAAGAAGACCAAAGCCAAGGCCGACUUCUCCUAGACCACAGACGACGACCGUCGCGCUUCCGCCAGAUCCACGACCCGAGUGCCGCGGAUCGUGUAUCGUCUCUUACCUGUCAUUCACUUGCUUUAACAACGCUGAAUUGACGAAUGUAUUCAAGUGCAAGAAACCCGGCCAUCAGUGCUGCGCUGCAAAAUCAGUGAUCCGUGAAUACCUGGGAAUCCAAGGUGAAAAUGUUACUGAUAAUACAGCGUUAAGCAACAGGAAUGACACGAUUUUCGCCAUCACGCCACAUCCUUCUUUCGCGACGCCACAGCCUACUCUUCUCUUUGACACGACGCCGAUCACUACUACGACGACUACGACUACUAAGAGUCCAGUCUACAGCAAGUACGUGUGCGGCGUAAAGGGCACAUCGCGCGCACCUCUUCAGGCGCGCAACUUUGACCGAGGCGCCAGAGUCGUGGGUGGCGAGGAUGCUGACGCUAACGAGUGGUGCUGGCAGGUCGCCCUCAUUAACUCCCUCAAUCAGUACCUCUGCGGUGGAGCACUUAUCGGUACACAGUGGGUCCUUACUGCCGCGCACUGCGUUACUAACAUUGUCAGAUCGGGCGACGCGAUCUACGUGCGAGUCGGCGACGUCGACUUGACACGCAAGUACGGAAGUCCAGGUGCUCAGACGCUGCGAGUUGCUACGACCUACAUUCACCACAAUCACAACAGUCAAACCCUCGACAAUGACAUCGCGUUGCUCAAACUCCACGGUCAAGCCGAACUCAAGGAUGGCGUCUGCCUUGUCUGUCUACCGGCGAGGGGUGUCAGCCAUACUGCUGGCAAGAGGUGUACCGUCACCGGCUAUGGGUACAUGGGCGAAGCUGGCCCGAUUCCGUUAAGAGUACGUGAGGCGGAGAUUCCGAUAGUGAGCGACGCGGAAUGCAUUAGGAAAGUUAAUGCUGUAACGGAAAAGAUUUUCAUUUUGCCAGCGAGCAGCUUUUGCGCCGGCGGUGAACAGGGCAAUGACGCCUGUCAGGGUGACGGCGGUGGCCCAUUGGUAUGCCAAGAUGACGGCUUUUACGAGCUGGCGGGCUUGGUCUCGUGGGGCUUUGGCUGUGGACGAGUCGACGUGCCCGGCGUCUACGUCAAGGUCUCGGCUUUCAUCGGCUGGAUUAACCAGAUCAUCUCGGUGAACAAUCUGUAGCGCGUCAACCUGGCGUAGCUCAAAAAUAUUCACACACAUACACGCACACCUACACACUUCGCAAGACUCACUCUCAUCAUUGAUCGCAUUGUACGACGAACGUUGUUGCGUCUUGACGAUUGUUACUCGAGAAUAGAACUGACGGAUUUUAAUUGUUAAAUACUUAUUAUAAGCUCCCAUGCAUUCGCUGAGAGUUUUUUAGAAAUUUAAACCUUUGCGUGUAAUCUAUUACUGUGAUAUUUCGCUGAGGUUCUUAAAUGGAAUGAAUGUUCGGUCAUUAUAUUGUUGCGAAGGUUUUAGAGAAAGUAAAACUAUAUUAUCGAAGGAACGAAAAAUUGUCAAGAUGCGUCAAGGUUCCGUUAUAAAUACUCGCGGAACUUUUGUUAUAUAAAGUCCCCCGCUAUCGGAUGCUGUAUAAGUUAAAUUAUUAGCUCCGCUUUUCAGCGAGUCUUCAAGUUUUAUUCACUAUUUUGCAGCUGAAUAUGCAUCGCUCGCGUCGGCUGGUUGAAAAGCGGCCAUACUAUUUAUUUAAGGUAACACUAUGUAAUUCGAUGGAAAUAAGAAAAAAAAACGAAAGCACUCUGGCUUUCAUUGCUUUUUUGUGGAGAGCGACCGUUUAUAAUAGAUUUUGUAAAUAUUAAACGUAAAUAUUUCGUUAUCUAUGCGGUUUCCUUAAAAUUUUAUAGAUAAAAAUGUCCCAAUUGAAGGAAUUGACUGUAUUGUGCUUUGUAAAUGAACGCAUUAUUUUUCACUGUAGAAUUUAUUAUAUAUAAUCUUACAAAAGAAACGAAAGUGUCUUUCUACAUCAUAGAAAAAGUUUAUUUCGAACGACAAUCGGUAUUUCGCGUAGACAUUAAGACUUGACAAAAUAUCGCGUUAUCCUGUCAUGUUAUUACUGUACAAAAAACUAAUUUCACAUUGAAUUUUAUGUGUAUGUUUUAUAUUUAUAAUAUGUUAUAAGUAAUAAGUAAAAUAAAAAAAGAUACAAAUUAUUGAAAGUAUUUUUGUACGAUAAUAAAUUCCUCAUUGCAAUACUUUUGGACAAAGGUACACAUAUAAAAAGAAAA